UUCUCUUUGAUAUUCGCGAAAACUGUUCUACGAUGUGUUUUUGUAAGCAAUGUGUUUGUUUAUGUGUCGAUACGGAAUGAUUUGGCAAAUAAUUUUAACCUACAUUCUUCACAUACAAAUAACCGAUGGCCGUACAAGCGAAUUCAGAGGUAUCCGGGAGAGAGAGCGGCAACAAUGCCUCACUGGGUACAUGACUGAUGUGCAGUCGUGGGUCACGUCGGAUGGCAGAUUGAAUGUUGCGUUGAAGGAAGGAGUGGUGGAUCUAUCUAGUAGAAGUGAUGCAACACCAGCUUUGAAAAACUUGCUAAGACUGCAAAGUAGGAACAACGGAGUCAUCAAAUACCUGAGCAUGGCCAGGUGUGGUUUUCGACAAGUUCCAUCGGUAGUUUACUUGCGUGAUAGUUCUAUGGAUCUAGCGGCUUCAGUCGAAUAUAUAACAUUUUACGGCAACAAUUUUGGACAAUUUCUAAUCACUGCAGAGAGAUAUGACUCCAUAUUGAAUACGACGAACGCUAAAGAAGUCUAUCUGGGCCCUGAGAGCGUGCAGAGGAAAUCAACAUGGUCGGUGGGACUGCUAAGCGCUUCUUUCCCCAAACUUAAAGAAUUAGAUUUACGAGCUUGCCAAAUCGAAGUACUGGACGCCUUCAUUUUCCAAGGGAUGCCAUCUUUAACUUCUUUAUACCUCGGCGAGAAUUACAUAAGUUUAGUAGACGCUCAUGCGUUCGUUGGUCUGACCAGUCUACGGCAUUUGGACUUAAGUAGGAAUAGAGAAGACGAUCUGAAAAGAAUUAUGUUUUUCGAAUCUUCGGACACUCUCCGACGUCUGAACUUAACAUCCUUAGACCUUUCCUUUUCAGCGGUUGGUGCUCGUAUUUUAGGAAACUUUGGAUCCAAAUUGGAAAGACUCUCUCUAUGUUACACAGGACUUUUUUCAUUACAGCGAAACACAUUCGCCAACACGUCACUAAAAUACUUAGACUUGUCUGGUAAUCCCGAGGUUUUGCUCGAGAAUGGCGUGCUUAACGGACUAGAAAAAUCACUGAGAGUCCUUUACGUAAAAUCAUCACAAGUAAAGUCAUUAGAUUUUAUUAAGGACUUCACAGAACUGGAGGUACUUAAGGCGUCACAAAAUGAAAUAACAACCAUAUCGCAAAAUGUGAUGAGAACGAUGAAGAGUUUACAAAUUCUAGAUUUGCGCAGUAACAGAGUGUCCUCAUGGUUCACAAAUAUUAUAUCUACAAUGCCUAAACUGAAAGUACUAAUCUUGGUUGAUAAUAACAUGAAUAUAGUAACGGAUCGUAUGAUCGCUGAUGUAGCAAACGUGAAAUAUGUGGCGAUAUCCAAAAAUUUAAUGAUAUGCUAUUGCUACGUUAGGGACAUGUAUGAAAUUGCGUUUCGAAAUGAAUUCAGGCUUAAAGAUAAAUUUAUAACAAGCAAUUUUAUGGAAGACGACGCACUCAUGUUCCACACUGGAUUCUCUGAUUAUAACAAUAUUAUAAGAAUCCGAAGAAACGUGUCAGAAUCGUGUUUUAAAUUACACAACUCGACGGACGUGUUUAAUUGUUUCGCUGGAGGUUUCAGUACAAAUUUAACUGGUAACUUCUUGUAUUUGGACUACGUUGAAAGAGAUUACCACUGUUACUCCAUGUCUCAGGGUAAAAAUAUUUCGUAUGGUGAAGCAGUACCCUGUCAAGACCACGAUCGACGCGAUUUAAGACCGGAACUAAAAUUAAAACGCAGCCGUAACAGCUUAUAUUUUUCUUUUAUGCCGUUAGUGCUGUUACCAAUUUUAGUUUUCAUCUACAUAUUUAGAAGAAACUUCAGAUAUUUCCUGAUAACCAUGAGAAAUUCUGCAAUGCUGAGUUUGAUUAAUGAGAAGAAUGUAGUCGACGAGACGAAAAUCUUCAAUUACGACGUGUUCGUAUCAUAUUGCAAUGAAGACAGAGCCUGGGUAUUGGACCAGCUCUUGCCACAUGUGGAGAAAGAUUGCCGUAUUAGUGUUUGCUUGCAUGAACGAGAUUUUCAGGUGGGUCUAUCGAUACUAGAGAACAUAGUGUCGUGCAUGGAUCGCUCCCGCUUCAUCAUGCUUAUCAUCUCACGGCGCUUCCUCUUGAGCCAGUGGUGCCAGUUUGAGAUGCAUCUCGCACAACACAGGCUGCUAGAGACGCGUCGCGAGGACCUGCUGCUCGUGCUGCUGGAGGAGAUCCCGCGCAGCCUGCGCCCCAACACGCUGCACUACCUGAUGCUCACCAAGACCUACAUCGUGUGGCCCGCGGACGGACACACUGACUUCUGGCGACGGCUCAAGAGGUCGCUUAUUACGCAGAAGAUGAAGACCACGGAAAAUGACUCCUUGGCAUAAAAGCUAAAUUCGUGAUGUAGUACUCUAAUAAAAACGCACUCGACGCUACCUGAUGAUAAUCAUAGAGACCACACAUCGAAAUUCGUGUCAUGGCUCUAAUGAAACUAUAAUGUAAUCAAAGAAGCAAAUUAAUUAAUUACCUUGUGACGAUCACAGGAAGACCAUAAAGCGAAAUUUAUGAAUAUACAAUAGCGACUUUUAUUGUAACAGCUUGUGCUUGUUAUUAAGAACGUUUGCAUUACAGCCACUACACGAAAUUCGUGUUAUGGCUCAUUUACAAUGACCUAUUCGCAUUGUUAGCAGAUUUUUCUCGUUAAUGUGUGAUUUCUGUCUUUAAUAGUACCAAAGAAUAUAUGAAAAUUCAUAUAGAAGCGACAAUCCGUCCGCAAGUUCGAACAACCCCAACCCGCAUAAAUUUUUAGUUAUAAAGUUUAUUUUGAGCACGAGAGCGAAGCUGCGGGCAA